GAGGCGUUGGAGAUACUGCACAAAAUCAAGGCGCCGGUGGUGUCAAAGCUCGCCCGCUACUCUCGAAAGCCCAAAGGCUUCUUGGGCUCCACCGCCUACUAUGCAAAGCAGACGUUUACCCUGCUCUUCAUGGGCUCUCCCCGGCGCGCCGAGCCUCUAUCCAUCUGGACGACCCCUUCCCCCUCAACACCAUCUCAGCCACUGGAAAGAGCUGUUGGGCUACUGCAGGAUGCAGCGAACGCGGACAAUCCGGAUGCGAUGUAUCUCCUCGCGGAGAUGAACAUGUUUGGCAACUUCUCGCACCCGAUCAACUAUGAGGAGUCGUUUCAGAGAUAUCAACAGCUUGCGGAUCGGGAUGGAAAUCGCACAGCACAACAUAUGCUGGGCUUCUUCUACGCCACCGGCUUGAAUCCUGCGGUGCCUGCUGAUCAGGCCAAGAGUAUGAUGUAUCACGCUUUCGCCGCUGAGCAGGGUGACACACGAUCGGAGAUGACGCUUGCAUACCGAUACCAUGCGGGGGUUGGUACUCCCAAGAAUUGCGAGGAGGCGGUCCGUUGGUAUCGCAAUGUCGCGGAAAAGGCGGUGGACUACUAUCGCUCCGGUCCGCCAGGGGGGCAUGUCCUCGUCCGACACGCUUAUCGACUCGCGGAUGAAGAUGGCGGCGUGUUCGGAGAGGGUGCCAGUGUCAGCUCCGCCGGCGACCGGGCUAAACAAGGCGGCCCGACGAGCGACGUCUACGCUCACAUAGAUGACGUGUUGGACUACUUCCUCCUGCAAGAGUCGAGCGGCGAUCUCAAGGCGACUUUUGGCAUGGCCAAGAUGCAUUACGAUGGAUCCCGAGGCUUGAAACGCGAUCUCGCGCUUGCAAAGAAGAAGUUCAAGUCCGUUGCCCGACGGUACUGGAGCGAUAGCGGCAAGGUGAACGCCAAUGUCUCGCCGCUGACGGAGAAGCUGGCAACGAAAAGUGCUGGAUAUCUUGGACGCAUGUUUCUAAGAGGCGAGGGCGUCGCGCAGAACUACGCCAUCGCUCGCGUUUGGUUCAAUCGUGCUCUCGCCAACGGCGAUGCUCUCUCGCAGUACAGUCUGGGCUUGAUGUAUCUGCACGGACUGGGUGUCGACCAGGAUGUGGGGAAGGCAGUGGACUAUCUUUCUGCUGCUGCCGAUCAAGAUCUAGCGGUGGCACAGACCAAUCUGGGCAUUCUGUUCCUCGACCAAGGCGAUACGACCACGGCAAUGCAGUACUUUGAUUUUGCCGCCCGCAAUGGCCACAUUGAGGCAUUCUACUACCUCGCCGAGUUGCACAACAAUGCAAUUGGGGAGGGACGAUCAUGCGGCAUGGCGGCAGGCUACUACAAGAUUGUCUCCGAGAAGGCAGAACCGAUCUGGAGCUCCUUGCAAGAAGCCAACGAGGCUUACGAAGAAGGGGACAACCGACGAGCUCUGAUCGGGUACCUCAUGGCUGCCGAGCAGGGUUCCGAAAACGCACAGGCAAAUGUUGCCUGGCUGCUGGACCAGACCAGUCCGCAAUGGUCACCUGUCGCUUGGCUGGCCUCGCUUCAGCAGAGCGCGAGGGCGGUGCUGUCUGACGCAACAACAUCGCUGCUGUACUGGACGCGGUCCGCGAAGCAGAACAACAUCGACAGCCUUGUCAAGAUGGGCGACUACUACCUACACGGCAUCGGCACCACCAUCUCUCCCGAGAACGCCGCGGCAUGCUACCAAGCAGCCGCGGAAACGCUACAGUCCGCGCAAGCCAUGUGGAAUCUCGGCUGGAUGCACGAGAAUGGGCUGGGCAUCGAGCAGGACUUCCACCUCGCCAAGCGCUUCUACGACCAGGCACUGGAAACGAACCGAGAAGCUUACCUGCCCGUGAAACUGAGCUUGUGGAAACUACGCUGGCGAAGCUGGUGGAAUCGUUUCACCGAUGGCGGCAUCCACGGGAUAGAAGAGGACGAGGAAGAGCAGAGGCGCAAGCGCAGCUUUGCCGAGUGGCUGAAUGACUUCCUCGAGGCGGACGCACAGGCUUACUACGAGCAAUUCGAAGCGGAUGAUUGGGAGAGCGGACGCGAAGGUAUGACCGGCGGCGUGGAAGGGGAGUACUGGGACGACGAUUUCGACGACGGCAUUCUUGAGACGCUGAUCAUUGUUGGGCUCGUUGCUGCGCUGGGCUGGUUGAUCUUCUACCGACAACAGCAGCAACAGCGCGCUGCUGCGGAGCAGAGAAGACGGCAGGAUGGUGGUGGAGAGGGACAGCAGCAGCAGCAGCAGCAGCAGCAGCAGCCGCAGCCCGCUCCGGCUGCGCAGGGUGGUGAUGGCGGUGACCUGUUUCCUCAGCCUGGUGAUCCGAUGCGCAAUGCGUGGCUCGCGGGCGGGCUGGGGCUGUAG